AGUCAUUGUAUUCCUGGUUAAUCGUUUUAUCCUAGUUUUAACAACGAUGUAUAGAUUUUAAUUUAAUCCGGCGUUCAUAAGGGCUACCUAAGAAUCGCAGCAGACCGAUCCAAGGAUGUUUGUUUUUUUGUUUAGUGAAUGCGAUGAGUUUCCCUAACAACCCUCGGCCCAGUAAGUAACGCACUGAAGUCCGGAGGUGAGUAACGGUAGACGGAUAGAACAGCAUGUCGGCUCUAUCCUGCUGCACUAAGCUGAGGACACGGAGCACGAGGACACUUCUCCGAAGGGCCGUGUGUGUUUGUCCGAACCAAGACUCCAGACACUGCAGCUCCGGAAAGCACAAAAGGAGGGUUGUCAUAACUGGGAUAGGGUUAGUGUGUCCCCUGGGCACAGGCACCGGCCUAACCUGGGACCGCCUCGUUAAAGGGCACAGCGGGAUCGUUGCCCUUCACUCGGAGGACUACAAGUCCAUCCCCUGCAAAGUGGCGGCACUGGUGCCCAGAGGAAGUGACCGCGGCCAGUUUGAUGAGGAGAGGUUUGCAUCCCGUGGAGAGAUCGGCAGCAUGUCCUCAGCCACCGUGAUGGCCCUCGCAGCUGCCCAGCUGGCCCUGGAGGACUCGGGCUGGCGUCCCGAAACCCCCGAGGAACAGGUCAACACCGGGGUGGCUGUCGGCAUGGGCAUGGUCUCCCUGGACGAAAUCGCUCGCACCUCCGCCGCCUUCCGAGAGAAGGGCUACAAGAAAGUCAGCCCCUUCUUCGUGCCGCGCAUCCUUGUCAACAUGGCUGCGGGACACAUAAGCAUCAGGCACAAACUGAAGGGCCCCAACCACGCGGUGUCCACGGCGUGCGCCACGGGGGCCCACGCCGUGGGAGACGCCGCCAGGUUCAUCGCCCACGGGGAUGCGGCCGCUAUGCUCUCGGGGGGCACGGAGUCCUGCGUGGGGCCCCUGUCGGUGGCCGGCUUCGCCAGGGCCCGGGCCCUCGCCACCAGGUGGAACGACGACCCCGCGAAGGCGUCGAGGCCCUUUCACCCGGAGCGAGAGGGGUUCGUGAUGGGCGAGGGGGCGGCGGUGCUCCUCCUGGAGGAGCUCGGCCACGCGGCGAGAAGAGGGGCCAGGAUUUACGCCGAGAUCCUGGGUUAUGGACUCUCUGGAGAUGCCAGUCACAUCACUGCACCCACUGCGGACGGAGAUGGAGCGUUCAGAUGCAUGUCGGCGGCCCUCAGGGACGCCGGCGUCUCGCCGGCCGACGUGACGUACGUGAACGCCCACGCCACGUCCACGCCUUUGGGAGACGCGGCGGAAAACGCCGCCAUCAAGAGGCUCUUCCGGCACGCCGCCGAGAGCCUGGCCGUCUCCUCCACCAAAGGGGCCACGGGGCACCUGCUCGGGGCGGCGGGGGCCCUGGAGGCGGCCUUCGCCGCCCUGGCCUGCUACCACGGGGUCCUGCCCCCGACCCUCAACCUGGACCGGACCGAGCCGGAGUUCGAUCUGAACUACGUGCCCCGCGCGGCGCAGCCGUGGGACGCCCGGGGGCGCCGCGUCGCCCUCACCAACUCGUUCGGCUUCGGCGGCACCAACGCGUCGCUCUGCAUCGGCAGCGUCUGAUGACACUGUUGUUUGUUGUGAUCUCUUCACAGUAAUCAAUGAGUUUUACUAGUUUGUGUGUUCGGAUGAACUGAUUCCAGGAAGAUGUCAGUGAAUCCUUGUUUAACAUUUAAGGUGAGAUGUUUAGGUGACUUUGUGGAUCAGUCUUCCAGCCUCUUUGGGACCUGUCUGAUCAGGCUUACACACAAAAAUGGUUUUCAAAUUAGAACAACUCAAUAAUGUUGAAUCUCUGGUUCAAGAUCUUAUAUUUAAUAAAUUAUCACAUCUUUUUAUGUUGAAUCUUAUUCGGAAAAGAAACUAGUGAUUGCACUUGUAGUGCAGUAAAAAGUCAAUAUUUUAGCUAACCAAAGAGGCUGAAAAAGUAACUUGUGUUUUGUUGUUUCGUGAAUGUACUCUUUCACUACUUUACAACUCUGAUCCGAAAUAGACGCAGCUCAACCGCCACCCUGAAACCGGCCCGUCUCUUUGGUCCAGCAGGUGGUGCACGUUGCUCCUGAGGAGCGUUUCCAAAGCAUUCAGACGUUCAGAAGGCACUCGACCAACUAAAAAAAAUAAACAUGACAACAUCUAACUGACUGAGGUCUUCCUCUGAGGACCUUGGAGCUUUUAUAAAAUAUUCAAGUGUUCUCAAGAGAAGCAGCAAGAGCGAGACACAAAAGGCCUUUCAGAUCCAUUGGAGAGCGCAGAGAGCAAAUCAUCCCGUUUAAGAGGUUGUUAUGAAUAAUCAUAGAAGAUAAUGUAUGAUAAUUGCCUCUUGUUUGCUUCCUGCCUCCAAGCUGUUUUAUUUAAACAGGAACCAAGCGCCCUCAAAGAAUGGCCAAUUUGUUACAAUUAUGAAAUAAGUGGUGCUUUAGGUGUAUGCAGCUGACUUUAAUAGCGUCUUAAUGGAGGCGCGACCCAACAGUGGUGUCUUUUGUGAUUCCUUAUUGAGGCACUUUCAAAACCAAGACCUCUGGCUCCGUGCCGUCGUCCUUUUGAAUUCGGAACGUUUAUUUCAUUUUAACGACUCGCAACGUCUAAAAACCAGCAAUGGGUGCCCAGAGUAGAGGGUUAAAGAGGUCAAACAGUACCAAUAUAUCAGGCUAGAAUGCAAUAAAUGGUGUAAACAAUCCCCCGAAGGGGGGAAAAAAGGACAUGCUUCCAGGUUACUUGUGUUCAAAGACUGAACAACAGUCUUUGUGAGGGAUGGCAAACACAUCGUUAGCGUCUGGCCUCCCUCUGUGGUGGAGAAUAUAUGUGUGUUUAUUUAAUGGAAAUGUAACGAAACACAAAAGGCAACAAUAACACAAAAAGGAGCAUUAAAUAUAUAUAUGUAUGUAUAUAAAUAUAUAAACAAAAAGACACAGAAAACCAGAUCAAUUAAUUUGAUUAAUAUGCUACAACAUUCCCCUCAUAAAUCAAAAAAUGAACACACCAUUUAUUACACAAUUCAUUAAAAAAGAAUCCUGAUGCUGCUAAAUAUUUUCAUCUCACCGCCGUCUCUAACCGCGAAGAGGAGGAGAGAAAAGGGUUUGGUGAUAUUGUUGGUGGGCGGACACAUGACAUUAAAGCCUCAUUAGUGGCUGCAGACGUAGUCCAUUACACCACAAAAGAGCUUCUCAUUGUUCUCUGAGUGUUGAGUAAAAGCUUGACAUUCUUGCAAAUAUAUAUACGGAUCGCACUUUACGUGUUCAAGCCUGAUAUUCCAUGUAGGAGAGGUAAUGGCCUCCUUGGCAUGUCUGUUUAAGCUGCAUUUAGUCAAAGUACUGCAGACACGACUUGAAUUGAUCUCUUUUUUUGCUCACGAUAUGAGGUUUGGGCCUCAGUGAAGAUACUUGGAGCCAAAAGCCCCAAAAACAAGGGUAGUUUAACAGAUUCGGAGGUAUCUAAAGGUCAAAGCUCAAACAUCAAUAUCCAUCCAAUCGAUAUGCGAAUAUAGCGUGGUUGUGUAAAUAUUCUGAUUGACGGACUGAUCAGCGAACCAACUAACACGCAGCCGUAGUAUGGGCGCUUGCACGUGUCCCUCGAUGAGCGAUUACACCGCCCAGACGGAAUUUUGGGACCAGAUGAUGAAUCACUGUGCUGGGGAAUGUCGUUCCGGACCCAUUUUUAGAGAUGACUUUUUAUUAGCUGCUCUGGAUGUCGCAUCCUGCUAAUGAAUAAAUCAAUUAUUCAUCCAUUUUUCUUUUAAUUUGAAAUAAUCCGACAUGGAUGAACGAGUUGCAACAAGCGUCUCCUCUCUUUUUUCUUCUUCUCCUUUCCUUCACGUCACAAAACGAAAGGCCGCCGCCUUCACGGUGAAUAUUUUGGGCUUCGGGGCUUGACAUCGAUCUCUGUCAAACUCCGCUUUGUGACCCUUAUUCACGGCGCUCGAGUCACUGUUAUUCAGCAGUUUGUUACUCUGCAUUAUUCCCGAAACCCGGAGCUAC